GAGAGACUGAAUGCUGCCCUCUAGUGUUCACUCAGUUCUUCAUCGAAGACCUGAGAAAAGCACCAGACGCAGGGAUAUAAUCUACAGAGCCUGGAUCCGUGGGGCUUUCCUGCUAUACGAUAUUAAGAUGAGCACAGAGGCUGUUGAACAGACAGAAUCUCAGCAUGAACAUGCUGACAUUGAACAAAACGGCAUUGACUUCACCAGACAAAUUAAGACUGAGAACCUGAAUGAUUCACCUCAUUCUGGAUCGUCACACAAGACAUGCCACCUAACUCAGGGAUCCCCGAUGCCUGGAGGCCAGCUUACUGGGGAGCUGUCCUCCCUGCACCCUCUGCCCCAGCUAGUCCUGAUGCCUGGAUCUCACCUGUCCUCUCCUUCAUCAUUUCUCCUCUCACAGGCCCAAUCAGGACACCAAGGUUUGCCACUGCUGCAGCCCAAUCUGCUUUCCUUGCCCUCCCAGUCCCAGACAGGACUCCUACCGCACCAGCCUGGCAUCGCACUCACUCCUCAGGCAAUGGGCAGGUCAGGUCUGGCCGGCUCCUCUAUGGACGGACACCUGGAUAUGUCUCACUUACAGGUGCCUAAACAUGUGGGAUCACCUCAAGAUGAACCCAGUGACCUGGAGGAACUCGAGCAGUUUGCUAAAGCCUUCAAACAGAGACGCAUCAAACUCGGCUUUACUCAGGGUGAUGUGGGUCUGGCCAUGGGAAAGCUGUAUGGAAAUGACUUCAGUCAGACUACCAUCUCACGCUUUGAGGCUCUCAAUCUUAGCUUCAAAAACAUGUGCAAACUCAAGCCCUUGCUGGAGAAGUGGCUGAGUGACGCAGAGAACUCACCAUCCGACUCCAUGACCAACCCCACCACCCUGCCUCCCCUUAUGGAGGGUUAUGGGAGGAAGAGGAAAAAGAGAACAAGCAUCGAAACUAACAUCAAACUCACACUAGAGAAACGCUUUCUAGAUAACCCAAAACCCAACUCUGAAGAGAUCACCCUCAUCUCAGAGCAGCUAUCCAUGGAGAAAGAAGUAGUGCGAGUUUGGUUCUGCAACCGACGGCAGAAAGAGAAGAGGAUAUACUGCCCUGUCUCCACUUCACCUAUGAAGUCUCACAACUACAACCCUCGUCUGCCUUCAACUUCCCGCUCAUUCAGUCCACUUGCCACUGGAGGUGUGUCAUCAAGCUCCUCCCCCAGCAGCCCCAGUCGAGGCUCCUCCCCCAGCAUUCUGUCCACUACAUCCAGUCCACUGACCGCACAGGGGGUCAAUCAGACGUUCAACACCCCAGGAUCCUGGUAUCGCUGGAACACCACAUCAUACCACCACUGAGCCCCUCUGAAGGCAACAGCUUCACUUCAUAACUUACCAAACGAGAGAGAAAUACUCAUUCUGUAAUGUUUACAACCAGCACUAAAUAAGGAGGCAGAACACGGGGAACCACUAUUCUGCUUCUCAUGGUCUUAUGUUCAGAGGGCUUGUGAGUAGAGCUUCACUGCUAAUUACCGAAGGGAAAAAGCACUAAUAUGCAACGGCGCAUUGUUUAGAUAUGCAAUCUUGCUACAAAGAACAUGACACAGACAUGUUUGGCAUUUUCAGCAGAGCUUUUAAUGUGCAUGAAACCUUAUUUCACUUUCUGUGUCAAAUCUCUGUGCCAAUUUUGUUGGAGAUGAAGGUUCGAAUCUGGCUUUUUGUGUACUGAUAACGCUGAUGUGAAAAACUGCACAUAACCAAAAACAAAACCACUGAUUUUUAAAUAUCUUGUUUACAUAUUGCUUUGUUAGAGACUUGUUUUAAAUCAUGUAAAAGGAUACGUUUAUGAUGAAGUUUCAUACGCUAGUGUUCUUGAGCGUUAUUGGCCCUGCUCAAGGUCGAGACUGGAAAAGCUGGCUCUGAUAUGUGUAGUAAUGUUUUUUAGUGGAUUGGUCAACAGUUUACAGUUCUCAAUAUAUUUUCAGCAUACCUAGUUUUGUGUUUCUGGAUAUUUCUGAGGAUUUCUGGAAGGGAAAAAGUUUUAUAUGCCUGGCGUGGAAUGUGUGCAGUUCACACUAAUUUUAUGCAACAUUGUCCAAAGCAUUUGAAGUUCCUUGAUUUUCACAUUUUAGCUUUUAUGUAUGAUUAAUAAUAUUAUCUAGAUAUUGUUUGUUUGGUUGUUCUUUGCUUUUUUUAAAUUUUUUAAAUUGAAUAUCACUUGUAUAUUUCUGUUUCACUGUUUGACUGUUAUU